UAUGUCUGUUGGCAUCAUAAGAUUAUCAUGGAAUAAUUUUAUUAGGGCCGAAUGAUUUACCAACUGCUGUGGUAACGAGACGUCUGUAGUGCAAAUUACAGUAAGGUUAUGUCAUUUAGAGUACAUGAUUUAUGUCUGCCGUAUCUGGUCCAUAUUUAAUGGGAUAUGUUUAUUUGCCAUUUUCUACAUUGUUAUUGGCAACUGAGUGUCUUUCGCUGUUUUGCUUUGAGAUAUCACAAUGUUACGCACAGUAUCAUUUUUGACUCUUAAAACAGGCACAUGAAUGCGAGUUCGGUUUCAGUUUCUUCAGCACUGACCUUUCGCGGAUUUCAUAGCAUGUUGUGUUUAAAAAAUGUACAGACAUCUUGAUGAAAAAGGAGACGAAGCAAUUUCAGAUCCAACCACAUGACAUGAUUCUGUCUCAAUUGUAAUUGUGAGGGGCGUUAUUAUAAACAUAAGACUGCUAUUUCUAGACUGGACUUUUGGACACACAUCAGAUGUCGUAAAAGCAUUGUCUAGUGAUUGUUGAUUUGCUGAGCAUGAUUUCUGAUUUUCCCUUCGCUCACACUGUGCUGUCAAGGUAGAGAUUUUAUUGUCAGUGCCAACACAGAAAUCAUUAUUUCGUGGAAAAUGGCUGGUCAAAAUAUGUACUAAAGAUUCCCUGCUAACAGGUGUCCAUACGUUUAUUAAAAUUCAUGACGCUGAUGUUGUGUUCAUCGUAUAUUAUGUGAUGAUUUAGACCGUGGGUUACGCCAAAACGAAUUAGAAAUAUGUUAUUUUUAGUAAUUUAGACAAUCAUACCAGUUAUAUGUUAUUAGUAACAUAGAGAAGCUUAAAGUCAUAAGGCAAUUAUCCUUCCAUGUGGCAUUCUGAAAAUAAUGGGAAAGUGGUUAUUACAAAAAUACAGAGAAGUCCGUUUAAGUGUUGAUUUGGAAACGCCAUAGGGGAAACGCUCUUGUCUACACUAUAGGAGCCAUCGCCGUGAGAGAGAUAACAGAUGACUUCUGAAGCGGUCUGAAUAUUAAUCAGAACCCAGCAUUAAACAGGUAGCAUAUUUCAUAUCGACCUUUUAUCCUGCGGUGUUGGCACGUGCCAUCGAAUUGUCUUGCACCCUCUGGAAACGGCUAAACCCUACAGUUCAAUCCAGGUACAUCUUCUUGUGCUGCCCCGAUGAACCAGGGCAGCGUGUAACAGGAAGUGUUAAAUAUAUGGCUAAUUAUGCGAAUGAAAAUUAAACAUCAGUGUUAUGCUAAUAUGACUGUCUUCAGCUGCGGAUCAGGGCACUCGAAACUAGCAUUUAAUCAAUUGAUUCAUUCCCUAGGUCCUCCGGAUCCAACCCCAGAAUCGCCAAUCGGAGCCUCUUUUGGUACGAGUGGACCAAUCAGCGCCCGUCUUUGAUGAAUAUUCAUGAAUCCCCGAUUCAAACCUUUGAGACGAGUUUGUCUAGAUCCACAGCAUCAUGCUUAGACUUUUCACAGAGACAAACUACAUUUUCUUAUGAAUGGAAAGUGAAAAAAUCAGAUCAGCUUAAAUUGGGAUCCAUCCUUCACUGAGAUCAUAGAAGAAAACAAAAAGGAAGAGAAGGGAUCAGCUAGAAGAGAUGACAAUGACUACAAUGCCAGACAGUCUUAAUAGCCCCGUCUCAGGAAAGACCGUUUUCAUGGAAUUUGGGCCACCAAGUCAACAAAUGUCGCCUUCCACGAUGCCUCACGGGCAUUACUCCAUGCACUGUUUACAUUCUGCCGGUCAGACCCAGCACGACAGCUCGUACAGUACAGCCUCAUCUUUCCCUAGAUCUCUGGGUUAUCCAUAUGUCAACUCGGUCGGCAGCCAUUCUUCAAGUCCAUAUAUCGCCACAGUACAGUCCUACCAAAGCAGCUCCACAUUAACGCAGACACGGUUAGAAGACACAGUACCAGAGACGGAGAAAAACACCGUCGUGGAAGGAGGAGAGGUCCGGUUUAACGGGAAAGGGAAAAAGAUCCGCAAACCAAGGACUAUAUAUUCUAGUUUGCAGCUACAGGCUCUGAACAGACGGUUUCAGCAAACACAGUAUCUGGCGCUACCGGAGAGAGCCGAACUCGCAGCCUCGCUGGGACUCACACAAACACAGGUAAAGAUUUGGUUUCAAAACAAGCGGUCUAAGUUCAAAAAACUAAUGAAGCAAGGCGGAGGCACAAUUGACACCAGCGCACUAGCCAAUGGACGCGGACUGUCCGCCGGCUCGCCUUCCGUCGCGCCGGUGUGGAACACUUCGUCCGCCGUGAAAACGUCAACAGGCACCCCUGGCUCCUACAUCCCCAGCUACACCUCAUGGUAUCCAACGACACACCAAGAAGCUAUGCAGCAGCCGCAGCUCAUGUGAACAGAAACUGUUAACCCCACCCCACCUCCCCCCCUUCCCGGUCGUGGAUGGUCCAAAUCAGGGGAUUCGUGGGCCAGCCAUGCAAACCCGGCCCUGCAGCCUGGCCUGCUGGAGCCAGGCGCAGAUGUAACGCGGGGCGCGUUCCCAAAGCUGACAGCUGACGCAUGAGCCUCCAAACGCGGGCAGAACUCUCAGCGAACAGCCUGCCAGCAGAGAGAUUGAGCAGCGACUGUCUGCGCGGGAGGGCAGGAUGAAUGUCUUUUUUGUGUCCACUACAGGAAGAAGCAGAAGGAAAUCAUAGCGAAAAAAAAAAGUUAUUAAAGCUGCUGUUCCCCAAUUCUGUGACCUCUUGUGUGCAAAAGAAAAAAUAUAUGAAACUGUAACCAAUCAACGAGAGAAUAUACUUCCUACAACACAUAAUUGUACGUAGAAAUGACAUUUGGUUGUUUUGGUUCGACUUUUCUAGACAGUUUGAAGGGCAGAUAUGUUAAUGAGGUUAUAGGCAAAAAUUGUGGCUCUGGUCAAGAACAUACACACACACAGCCCAUUGUCGAAGAGGAAAAGGGGCACAUGAAUACACACGCGCGCAUACACACACAAAUGUAUAUCUCUCCGUAUUGGUUACAGGCAGUAGAUGUUUUCAUGUGUUUGAUUUAAAUUAUUUAAAUUCCAUGUCCUAAAAUUUGUAUGUUUACAUUAUUUAAUAUAUGUGUUUUUACGAAAUGAAAAGAAGAAACAACGUAAACACGAAUAGCUGGACGCACGUGUUCUGUUGAUGCUGCGUUGACGAAAGCAACACCCAACCGAAGCUGCAGCAGCAGCCAGUCCCAAACAGAUAACUCAGAGCUUGAUAAAAACGAGCUUGUUGCUUUGAAAAGCAUUUUUUAGAAAGUCUAGUAAUGCCAAUAUCUCGUGUCACUGCAACAACGAGCGUGGAAAGAGCAGGCUGCUGUAUAUAAACAUACGAAUCUGAGGCGUAUUCAGCUUUUUGUCUUUGUGGCUGUAUACUCAACGCAUUGUGAAAUAGAAUUUUACCUUUGAAUAUGAAUGUCUUGAUUAAUGUGUUUAGCGUUCUA